AUGGGUAACGACGGUGGCAGCAUCCCCACCCGGCGCGAACUCGUCCGCGAAGCCGCCAAAGCCCCCUCAGCAACUCAAGUCAAAGAAGCGCAGCGCGAGCAACAAGAACACUACUGGACCACCUGUCCACUCUCACACAAACCCCUACAGCGCCCUAUUGUGUCCGACUCCGUGGGUAAUCUGUACAACAAAGAUGCGAUCCUGAAAUACCUGAUCGGCGCCGAGGACGAGGAAGGUAUUAGCUCCAAGGCCGAUUGCGACGAGAUCUUGCAGCGGCGAGUCAAGAGUUUGAAGGAUGUGGUUGAGCUCAAGUUUGAGAUUGAAGAGGAGGACAAAGACGAAACUGCUGCAACCGUGCAAGAUAAUAGUGCUCGCAAGGGAGAGAAAUGGGUGUGUCCGGUGACGAGGAAACAGCUGGGACCUGGUGUCAAGGCAGUUUAUAUUGUUCCCUGUGGACAUGUCUUUGCCGAGGAGGCUGUCCGGGAGAUGAAGAGCGAUAAAUGCUUGCAGUGCGCCGAGCCGUACACGCAAGACAACGUCGUCGUCAUCCUCCCCACCAAAGACGCCGACAAACAGCGACAAAUGGCUCGCGGCGUGAAACUCGGUGAACAGGGCCUCACGCACUCGUUGAAAAAAGCAUCCGGGUCGAAGAAACGCAAGAAGCAUGCUGCUGCCGAAUCUUCUACCACCACAGAACAAUCGUCAAAGUCUGCGUCGAGCACAGCCUCAUCUGGGGCUAUCAAGAACGCCGCAACGGCCAUGUUGACAGCCAAGGUCUUGGAAGAAGAGAACAAGAAAAAGAAGCAAAAAGUCGUUGGUCGUAAUGAGACCUUGAAGAGUUUGUUUCACAGCGACAAGGACAAGCACAAACACAAAGACGGAGACUUUAUGACCAGAGGAUUCACGAUACCUGCAGAUGCUCGGCGUUGA